AUGGGUGAUAUUUUAGAUUGCAUCGAUGUCUAUAAACAACCUGCUUUCGACCAUCCGUCACUUAAAGAUCAUAAGAUCCAGUAUGUAUCUGUAGAAACACCAUACGACGAAAAGAACGAAUACUACGGAGCUAAAGCUAGCUUUGGAAUACAUAGGCCAUUUGCAACUCCGCAUCAGUUUAGUACAUCUCAAAUGUGGUUGCAGAAUGGGCCCGGGGACCAAACUAACAGCAUAGAAUCCGGAUGGCAUGCUGAUGGAUAUAAAAAUACAGGUUGCUUCAAUAUGCUUUGUCCAGGUUUUGUGCAGGUGCAUACCAGGAUUCCGUUUGGUACAACUUUAAACAAUUCCGUAUCCGGUUCUGGAGAUGAAAUAUUUUUCUGGGUAUUUCGGGAUGAAAAGAGUCAUAACUUGUGGUAUUAUAUGGGAAAUGACGAUCAAACGCCAAUCGGGUACUGGACAAAGGAGAUCUUCACUCAUCUUCCAUACGCCGCAAUGAUCAAGUUUGGUGGAAUAGCAGGUGCAAAGCCACAUGUACCAAGUCCACCCAUGGGAAAUGGAAUUAAACCGACAGACGCUUAUAUAAUGGAACGAACAGGUUUUAUGCGAUAUUUACAGAUCCUUGAGGAAAACGGAGCCACGAGUUACUUUGGUAAUUCUGCAGUAACAAAGAAAGAUCUUGAUACAAGAUCUGAUUGUUAUGACGUUAUAUUCCGCAAAUUUGGAGUUUGCAGAAGAAGGAAACAUGGAUACGAUUCUAUGAUAUUUGGGGGUCCUGGUGGUGGUAAUUGCAUCUGA